CUGGGAUAAGAGAUGGGCCUGGAUCUCCCCUGCUCCUCUCCUGAGCGGGGUAGUGGGGUCAGAGAGAGCAACGAGCGUGUGAGAACUGCAGGCGAGAUCUGGACAGUGUGGUGAGGACCCAAGUCUUGGGCAGUGAUUCGAGCUGUGCUGCAGAUUACAGAUCUGGCUGAAGAUGGCUAAUGGAAUUAAUGUUUAAUUAGUGCAGCGAGGGCGGAGCUACAUGCCUGGUGGGGGAGGGAGUGACAGAUGGACGCAACAAUCAUGAGUAACAAAGAGACUGCAAUUAUCUGCUUGCUUUAAUUACAACAAUACAGCCUGUGUGUCUGCCUGCUCCGAGUUGACAGGAGUGGACUCGGUGGGCUAAUCCACACAGAUGGGUUGGCAUCACUGUCCUGCUUCGCUGCAGACUGUGGGCUCAGCCCUGCCAGGCAAGUGUGUCUUUGUUCCCUGUCCUGUCUAGCCAGCCAGGACCCAGACCUCUGCUCUCCUCCCCGCCGAGAGCUGGGGUGAGGAGCGGACUGGCGCGUCAACAGUGACGUAAACAAAACACACGAAACUCGGCCGGCUGUGAGUUUCCCAGCGCACCUUCAGCGACACUCCCACGCACUGCUGGUCACGAAGCCGGGGCGGGGCGCGGCGUGGCGGGGACAGCCUCUCCGCUCCGACCGGAAACGAGCAGGAGAGAAAGGGGCACAGACAGGCGCCAAUAACCAAGCGAGCUGGAGCUCAGAAACCGGAUCCGGCGCCUGUCCUCUCCCACUCGCCCACUCGCUUCCCCCCGCAGCCGGUGCAGGCGCGUCACGCGGCGUCCCCGGGCGUGACGGGUCCGCGAGCGCAGGCGAGGGGGCGGGGUCUCGCGCCGGCCGCGCUCGGGAGGCGACACAAUAAGCGGCCGCCCGGCUGCACGAGAGCCAGACGGAGCAGCGCGGGUAGCGUGGAAGUGCGUGUCCGGGAGGUGAGCCGGGGCCCCGCGAUCGCGGCUUUCAUCGUGAGCACGGGCGGAGCGGUUCGGGUUCGGGCACGGGCCCUAGCGGAGCUCUAGCGGAACCGUGCCGGCCGGCUCCCCCCUGUUCGGAAGUUUCGGGAGCAGCGAAUUCCAGGCGGAACCGCGGGUCCGCGGCCAGCAGCGGGCAUGGCCGCCUUCGCCUACUCGGACUACCUCGCCGCAGAGUGCCUGGUCUCCAUCUCCAGCGGCCCCGUGCUGCACCGACCCUCCCCGAUGCCGGCGGGACCCCCGCCCCCGCCGCGGCCCGGGGAGCCCGAGGGGUCCAGCGAGGACCGGGAGGUUCGGGAGACCCUGAAGGACGGGGCGAACCUGAUGACGGUGGCCGGGAUCCUCACCGACCUGCACAACAAGUUCCGACCCAUGUCCGCGUACUCGGAGAGCAGCAACUCCUCGCUGGGCGACCCGGACGGCAGCCUGUCGUGCGGCGAGAGCGGCUACACCACGCUGUCGGACUCCGCCACGCCGACCCCGGGCCAGCAGGGCGGGGCGGAGGGCAGAGCGGCCGCCGGCCUCGCCCGCUCCCCCGUGAAGCGACACCCCUGCUCCUUCGAGGGCUGCGACAAGGUCUACGGGAAGUCCUCGCAUCUGAAGGCGCACAUUCGGACACACACAGGCGAGAGGCCCUUCCCCUGCACCUGGCCCGGCUGUGCCAAGAAGUUCGCCCGCUCGGACGAGCUGGCGCGGCACACGCGCACGCACACGGGCGAGAAGCGCUUCGUCUGCCCGCUCUGCAACAAGCGCUUCAUGCGCAGCGACCACCUGGUGAAGCACGCUCGCCGUCACCCCGACUUCCACCCCGCCCUGCUGGCGCGGCCCCCCGGCAGGGCCCAGGCUCUCUGAGGGGCGCGCCCCGGACCCCGUCGCCGCCCCGCCCCGAGCCCCCUCUCCCCCUCGUUCCACAGCCAGACAGGGGGGGCUCUGCGUGCGGCUGGGGCUCCGGUCGCCCCCAGACUGAACCUGUGCCGUUUCCCGGGAAUGGGAUUCCGGGAUGUCCUGCGGACCGGAGAGGGUAGCAGUGUCGCCCACACGCUGUGGGCAGGGGGAGAGGGGGGGCGCCUGUCCAAGUCGGGCCAGCCUGCGCGCUCUGCCUCUUCGCCACAGGGAACCGGGAGGGACUCUGGGAACCGCCGCACGGAGCUCCACACAUCCAGGGCCGCCAUGAUCUCCGGGAGCAGGGGUUGCCGGACGUCUCUGUCUCUGAACUCUCUCCGCCUUGUGGGCAGCAUCGGCCUGCGGGCACAGCACAGCACCGCCUCCCUCUGUCUCGGAAGCAGCCCGCCCUGAGCCUGCAGCGCCCCCUGCUGUUGCGGUGGCACCGAGGCAGAGGUGCCGGUCAGUGCUGGGCAGGCUUUCUGACUGCAGCAGGAGAUGGCUGGUACUGUGGGCGCAGUACGAGCUGUUGGCAGUUCUAGUAUAACUGCUGUAGUUUGUGAUUUGCAGCAGGUGAAGAGGAGAGUGAGUUGCUCUGCCCACAGCCUUGACAACCCGUUUGAUACUGGAAAUGGCCCUACUGGUCAGCGCUGGCAGUCCGGCAGCACCGGGCCUGGCUGGCCAGUGACGAUCUCGCAGACCUGUUGUACUGGAUUGAGGCGGACACCUGCACCACACCAGGACACGUUAGCCCACAAACGAGCCUGCAGAGCGUACUGUAUGACUUGGCUGGGUCAGGCCAGCCCGUCAGCCCUCUGAGAUUCUGUCCUUUAACUGUAAUGAGCCAAUCGGCCCCCGAGACAGAGCAGUCUUUCAGGCGAGAGGCACUAAUGCACUGUCUCUAAGACUCGGGUGUCUGCACGUUUGAACCUGCGAGCAGCGUACCUGUAAGGCUCCACUUGUCUGCAGUUCAACCGGACAGCGGACCACUUGACCUGCCCUCUCACAGGCAGGGUCACGCCCCACUGGGGGCUUCUGGUUACUCACAUCUGCAGACAGUGGCCUGGGUCCUUCCAAGAAGUUAUGAAAGACAGACUUUCGUCUGUGGCUGAUUUUAAGUGGGUUUUUACUUUCUUACCCGCUAAGAUCUAAAUCCUGAGGUGACCCUGACAGAUUUGGGUCACGGGACAGUGAGGUCCGGGCGGGAGGUGUGUGUGGCUGGGUCCUGGGCGUGUCGUGUGCGUGUGUGUGUAGUUGUACAGGCUCAGGCUCCUCGUCUGGGUCAGGAUCCAGUGUGUCUCUAUGUAAAAAUAAGUAUCUGCUUUCAUUGCUACUGUUGGAUUGUGUUAAAUAUAAAGUUUAAAAAUAUUCCAGGGACCUUACAAAAUUGAACAUUCAGAAGACAUGACUGAAUAAUUUUUGACCAAUUUGUACAUUUUUUGGAAGGAAUGAAAACUGUUGUGAACAGUUGUCAGAAUUGUUUUGAGGCGAGGUCACUGCAGGCAGUGCUCGUAAAUAUUGAAAUUGUUAUAAUUACAAUUAUUCAACAAAUUAAAGCUGAUUGUCUACCUCUGGGCAGCAGAGUGAGGGCAGACGCCUGUCUCAGCCUUACUGCCGGGCUCCAGGUCUGCCCUGGAGGAGAAGGCCGACUGAAAAGUUUCUAUUUUACCAACUAUAUAUUUUCUACAUUUUCUUACGUUGCUGCUUUUAAAAGACCUGGGGCUUCAGAGCACAGUUGGCUCUUGAUUUGUUGUAGGUUUAUAAGGCACCAGUUAGGCUGAGGACGAAAUAGGUGUGAAGAAACUGCACAGAAAAGCUUGAAUGAAAGAGAGAGAACUGGUUUUCCAGAGGGAGAAAUGCAGCACACGUUGCACAGGAGUGCAGUCCUGCGGAUGUUGGGGUACAAGCUGGCUCUGUACCCGCUGUCUCGCCACACACCGGGGAGAAGAGGGGUGUGCGUGGGCCUGCGUUCACAGGCAGCCCCAGGUCUUCUGUAUCGAGUAAGCUGAGUGGGGUGGAGGGGUUAGAGCAGACCUGAGAUAAGUGCAGAUUUUGGGGGAUCUGUUGCCCCCUACAAUUGCCUCUGUUUGCGGGUGUCCCAGAGUGCCCCCACUCCUCCAGCCCUGGUGCUCUAGGCUUUCCAUUCUCACUGGGUCCAGAUUGAUGGACCGGUGUGCUGUGGGCCUGGAGGUGGAGCCCCCUGGUGGACUGGAGGUCCUGAGGUGGUAACAGGAGUUGGGGGUGGGGGGUUAAGUUACCUUGGUUGAGCCCAUUGUAAAUGAUGACCUUUAUUUCUGUUUUCUAGCAGGUGUGUGUAAACGAGAUUUAAAGCCAGUCUGACUUCACUCAGGUGUUGUUGACACACAACCUUUUUUCUAUUUUUUUUUUUAACCAAACAAUGUAAGCAUGUUUGUUUUUUUUUUAUAGUUUUCUUUUUAUUUCUCUUUAAUUUAUUAUAGUUGCUUUUAAUAUUGGCGUGGCUAAAAAAUUUUAAGAUGUGGAACAUAAUGGAUUGUUUUGCUUCAUUGUUGUUUAGAAGCCAGGUUUUUUUUUUGGUUAGUUUUUAAAAUCCAAUUCUGAAAAAUAAAAUUCUGAAUGAA